CUUCCACUCGAUUAUUACAUCACCCAGCAAAUAUCUCGAAACACCCUCCGCAAAUAUGUUGGAAUCCUUCGAAAUCCUCGACACCUCGGGUGUAGUUCUCUGGUCAAAGUCCUACGCCCCUGUGGGUGCCCACGUGGUCAACAGUCUUAUCAGUGAUGUUUUCAUCGAAGAAAAGGCCCAGAUUCAAGGCCCCAAUAGUACCUCGCCAACUUUCAGAAAGGAGAAGUAUACCUUGAAGUGGAAGAGAGUCAAGGAAUUCAAUCUCAUUUUUGUGGCCGUCUACCAGUCUAUUCUACAGCUGGGCUGGAUCGACAAACUCCUCGAUAAUAUCGCUACCCUGUAUAUUGACCUUUACAAAGAUCAACUGAGAAGCACUCGCGCAAGGAUAGUGCAAUACCCGUUCGACAAAUACUUUGACCAGCAAGUGCGCGAGCUCGAGGGCAGCUCGGGAUUUGUCGCAUCGGAAAGUUCUGUGGCGAAUGCAGUUGAUAAGAAGGAUCCGCUUGUCUCGUCUGACAAUGGGGGCCCACCACCGCCAUCGGUCUCUGGCCUCAUCAAAGCGCAGCAACAAGCUGCGCUCGGCGGCGUGGUCACCUCAGAUGAGGGUACGCCACCCCAAACUCCAGACAUUUCGAGAUCGACAACCCCCGUUGCCGGUCAUAUCCUUACCGCCAAGCUAGGCCCCGGAGGUCGUAUGUCGCGCCGUGGACGCAAAGCCGCCAACUCCAGCGCCAAUGCUUCGUCCGGUGACGAGAAAGGCCGAAAGGAUAAGACUCCGAAGAGCGGAAAGAAAAUGCGUCGGUGGGAUGCAGAUGGUUUCGCCGAUGAGGAUGAUGGCCAGGUUCUGGACUACUCGGCCCCGGCUGAUGCUGAAGGCGCACAAGUGCUAGCGGUCGAGGCUGUCUCUGAAGAUUCAUGGGGUCGGAGAACUGGUAAAGGCCAGUUCGUGCUCAAGGACCUCGGAGAUGAGGUUCACUCGAUCCUUGAGAAUGCGGAGAGCGAGAAAUCGAAAGGUGCUGCUUCUUCCGGUCUCGUUGGCUCAGGCUUCAACGCCAUCGGUGGUCUCCUGCGGAACAUUGUCGGCGGUAAGGUUUUGACGGAAGCUGAUCUGGAAAAGCCCUUGAAAACGAUGGAAGAUCAUCUCCUGAAGAAGAACGUUGCGCGGGAAGCGGCGGUCCGGCUUUGCGACGGUGUCAAGCGCGAGCUUGUCGGGAAGAAGACGGCUAACUUUCAAAGUGUGGAUGCGGCUUUGCGUGUGGCCAUGGAAUCCUCCUUACGCAAGAUCCUGACACCAACAUCUUCUCUCGAUCUCCUUCGUGAGAUUGAUGCUGUCACAUCCCCCACGACCAAGGAGGCGACUCCCCGCCCCUAUGUCAUCUCGAUUGUUGGGGUGAACGGUGUCGGAAAAUCAACUAAUCUCGGAAAGAUUUGUUAUUUCUUGUUACAGAAUAACUACCGUGUUCUGAUUGCGGCCUGUGACACUUUCCGGUCCGGUGCAGUGGAGCAGCUCCGUGUUCAUGCCCGCAACCUCAAGGAGCUUAGCCAGCGUGAGACUGCUGGUGAAGUGGAACUCUACGAGAAGGGUUACGGCAAGGACGCAGCGAACGUCGCCAAGGACGCUGUGGAAUACGGCGCAGCCAACAAGUUCGAUGUUGUCUUGAUCGAUACUGCAGGCCGCCGCCACAACGAUCAGCGUCUCAUGUCGUCUUUGGAGAAGUUUGCCAAGUUCGCUAAGCCCGAUAAGAUCUUCAUGGUCGGCGAAGCACUCGUUGGUACGGACAGUGUGAUGCAGGCCCGUAACUUCAACCAGGCCUUUGGUACGGGACGAAACCUUGACGGCUUCAUUAUUAGUAAAUGUGACACUGUGGGUGAUAUGGUAGGCACUCUGGUUAGCAUGGUUCACGCGACGGGUAUCCCAAUUGUCUUUUUGGGUGUUGGUCAACACUAUGGUGACUUAAGAGGGCUGAGUGUCCCUUGGGCUGUCAACCUGUUGAUGAAGUGAGUAUCCUUGUGCGAGUCAAGGUUCUAACGCUAGGAUGAUGAUGAUGCUAUAGCUAGUCUUUUUCAAACAAUUAGAGAAUAAUUUUUGGGACAAAAUGCCAGUUGAAUACUGCACACAUGACCUGGCAAGGUCUCUUCUAUGCGAGUAGUCGUCAGUCCAUCCAACUCAAACCAC